AGUUGGCGAGCUUGCAGCUAGUCAGCCAGCCAAAGCUGGAUUUCGUUGCAAACGACAACCAUUCAUUGAGCCUCUACCGAAGCGCACGGUGUAGUUUUGUCCACUGGACUGAUCAGCGAUGUUUCUCUGCAGAACGGCCUGGCAAAGACUUGGGCCUUUGGCAAGGAAGACAGUCACACCAUUAUCCAAAAAUGUGGUUCCAGUGCGGUCCAUGUCCUUCGGCAUACCCGGGGGCUCCGGGCAGAACAUCGUGUACUACAUCAUCGGCGGAGGCUCCCUCACCGCCGCCGCAGUAUAUGCCUACAGGACCAUAAGCGGCAAGGAGAAGGUGGCAGAAGUCAGCAGUCCAGCAGAGCCCAGUGAGUCCGGCAUGCCAGCGCUGGGCAGGGUUGGGCUGGGGUACGGGGGUGAAAAAAGGGGGUCGACGGUCGUUGAGGCGGUGGUUGUUGAAGAAGCGGCGGCAGCUCCGGCCGAGGCCGCGGUUGCCGAGGCCGCUCCCGUGGAGACCGUUGCCGCGGAAGCAGCGCCUGCAGAGGCCGCUCCAGCGGAGGCUGCGGUUGCCGAGGCCGCUCCCGCGGAAACGGUCGUCGUCGAGGCGGCUCCCGCUGAGGCCGCCGCCCCCGUCGAGGCGGCGCCUGCGGAGGCAGCUCCAGCGGCCGUGGAGGAGGCGGCUCCUGCCGUCGCUGAGGCAGCACCUCUUGCUGCAGAGGAGGCGGCGCCAGCCGUUGCCGAGGCGACCCCCGCUGUAGCGGAGGAGGUGGCUCCAGCAGAGGCGGCGGUUGCCGAGGCGACCCCCGCGGUCGAGGCUGUGGCGGUAGCAGAGGCUCCCGCGGCGGACGCGGCACCGGCCCCCGCUGAAGAGGCGGCCCCCGCCCCGGCAGAGACCACCGGUACGGCCCCUGAGCCGGCGCCAGAGGCCGCGACAGAGGCCCCCGCCGCCUAG